CGUUUGGUUCUGACACUGGUUUACUGGAUCCCGCUGCUGCUGCUGUGCGACGGGAAAGGUGACAUCAGGGCCGAGGAACGCGCCUGUGCCAGCAGGCCGCAGUGGGCUGGGCGGACACUGCGCGCACGGUGCGCGCGUCAGCGGCCGAGGGUCCGCAGCAGAAAGAGCUUGCGAGACGAGCGAGCAGCCCGGACCCGCUACAAGUGGAUUAACUGUAUCAAACGCUGCUUUUCUGUCAGUUUUCCUCAGCAAAAUGUUUCCAGUGGAUCCGAAAACCUCACUGUUGGUUCUGGUUUGUGCGUUUGCUGCUUCGGCUGCAGCCCGAAACGCCAGUUGGAACGGCAGGACCUUUGUCAUUUUUGACAGUUCAGUCACAGAUGAGCCAAUAGACACGGAUGGUCUUUUUACAGAUGCUAAAGAUAAUCGUAGAAGUGGUUGGGUGCGUAAUGUAACCAACACCAGCAGGCCGGACAUCUCUAAAGAGGCGCUGCUGUUUCUCACGGGGCCUGUGUCCACCAUCCUCAUCCCUUCCUUCUACACCCUGGUCUGCCUCCUCAGCGUGCCAAUCAACAUCUGUGCCAUGUUGGUCUUCAUUCACAGGAUCCAGCCCAAGAAGCCAGCAGUAAUCUACAUGCUGAACUUGGCCUGCGCCGACCUGCUCUUUGCCGCACUGCUCCCCUUCAAGAUCUCCUACCACUUCAGUGGUAACAACUGGAUAUUCGGGCCGAUCAUGUGCCGUGUGGUCACUGCAGCCUUCUACUGGAACAUGUACUGCUCUGUUCUGCUCAUAGCUUGCAUCAGCGUGGACCGGCUUCUCGCUGUGGUCUCCCCCAUCCACUCCCUGACUUGGAGGAGACCACAGAAUGCAGUUAUUGCCUGCGCAGCCAUGUGGAUACUAUCUUUGGCCGGCUCGGUGCCCCUCGUCCUCUCCAACCAGACUGUUCACCUGAAGCAGCUGGACAUCACCACCUGCCAUGAUGUCCAGUCCUCACACAAGGUCAUCUGGCACUACAGAGUCUACUUCAUCACCCUGUGCUGCGCCCUCUUCUUCCUGCCCCUGCUUGUCACAGUGGUGUCCUACACUCGGGUGAUCUGGUCUCUGAGCAGGGUCCCACACGGGUUCCCAGGACGUUCACGCAGAAAAACACGAGCAGUGGUGAUGGCUUUAACAGUGCUGGUGAUGUUUGUGCUGUGUUUCACGCCCACAAACUGCCUGCUGCUCACUCACUACCUGCAGUUUAACGAAGGAGUGGAGAUGAGCCGAGAGACCCCCGACGGCUCCUACGCAGCCUAUCUGGUGUUUAUGUGUCUGGGAAGUCUGAACUGCCUCCUGGACCCCCUGCUCUAUUACUUUGGGUCAUCCCAGUGCCAGAGACAACUGUCCAGCGCCCUGAGGUGUCAGAAGAUCACAGAGGGCAGGAGCAGCACUCAUUUGUCAUCGGAUUUAUGCAAAUCCAGCUCCAGAGCGACUGUGAAAACCAGCUGUACUGAAAGCUCCAAGAUAAACACUCCGCUAAACAAAGUGGACUCUUUCCAAGCAGGCCUAGGGUGUAGAGGAUGGGACUGA